GGUGUUACCCGUUCAGACAUCUUGCAUUUCUUCCUCUGAAAGGUACUGAAUUUGUCACAGAAUAGCAGCUUAAAUUAUUUACAUUUCAUUGUUUCUUUAAAGGAUUGUGCGGAUUUGCUUUUUUUUUUUUGUUUGUUUGUUGACGCUUUCAUAUUGUUUCUCAGCGGCGUUACAGUGCUUGUGUGCCAAAACACAUCUCGGCUUGUGCCCAGGCGUCGGUAUUGUGCGUCAUUUUCUUUCUUCGUGUUAUUUUUUUUCCAAUCUGACGACAUGGCAACUCCCGCAGCUGUGAAUCCUUCGGAGCAUCCCAAGCAUUGUGUGUAUGCAGUGUGUGCUGCCGAAUAGGAGAUGGCUUCUGAUAUUCCGGGCCCCGUGGCGCUACCAGGAGCACCAGUGGGAGCAGGGCAGGUGAGGAUGGCAGGGUCCAUGCCGGGCCGAGCAGGGAAACGCCGCUCAGGAGGAAUGGACUUUGAGGAUGAAGAUGGAGAAGGACCAAGCAAAUUUUCAAGGUAUGAUGAUGAUCAAGUCCCUGGUGAUAAGGAAAGAUUUGCAAGGGAAAAUCACAGUGAAAUUGAAAGACGUCGUCGUAAUAAGAUGACACAGUAUAUCACAGAGCUGUCUGAUAUGGUGCCUACCUGCAGUGCACUGGCACGGAAGCCAGACAAACUUACCAUCCUGCGAAUGGCCGUGUCUCACAUGAAAUCCAUGAGAGGGACGGGGAACAAGUCUACUGAUGGAGCUUAUAAACCUUCAUUUCUAACAGAGCAGGAACUGAAGCAUCUGAUUCUGGAGGCUGCGGAUGGGUUCCUCUUUGUUGUUGCCGCGGAGACCGGUAGAGUGAUUUACGUUUCAGACUCGGUUACUCCAGUCCUCAAUCACCCGCAGUCAGAGUGGUUCGGGAGCACUCUGUAUGAACAGGUACACCCAGACGACGUGGAUAAACUGAGAGAGCAGCUGAGCACGUCCGAAAGCUCAAUGACAGGACGCAUUCUGGACCUGAAGACGGGGACAGUCAAGAAAGAAGGCCAGCAGUCCUCCAUGAGAAUGUGCAUGGGAUCGAGGCGUUCCUUUAUUUGUAGAUUGAGGUGCGGCAGUGCGCCUUUAGAUCACAUCUCCUUGAAUCGACUGUCCAAUAUGAGGAAGAGAUACAGAAAUGGCUUAGGACCUUCAAAAGAGGGAGAACCACAGUAUUCAGUUGUCCAUUGUACAGGAUACAUCAAAGCGUGGCCACCAGCAGGCAUGACCAUCCCUGAUGAAGAUACAGAAGCAGGACAGACCAGUAAAUAUUGCCUUGUUGCAAUUGGAAGACUUCAGGUAACCAGCUCCCCGGUGUCCAUGGAUAUGAAUGGGUUGACGGUUCCUACAGAGUUCCUUUCUCGACACAGCUCGGAUGGAAUUAUCACUUUCGUGGAUCCGCGCUGCAUCAACGUUAUUGGCUACCAACCACAGGACCUGCUGGGAAAGGACAUCUUGGAGUUCUGCCACCCCGAAGAUCAGAGCCACCUGAGGGAGAGCUUUCAACAGGUUGUUAAACUGAAAGGCCAGGUGCUCUCUGUGAUGUAUCGUUUCCGCACAAAGAAUCGAGAGUGGAUGCUGAUCAGGACUAGCAGCUUCACCUUUCAGAACCCGUACUCGGACGAGAUCGAAUACAUCAUAUGCACCAACACCAACGUCAAGCAGCUUCAACAACAGCAAGCAGAGCUUGAAGUUCAUCAAAGAGAUGGUCUCCCAUCGUAUGACCUGUCUCAGGUGCCUGUUCCUAAUGUUACUGCUGGUGUCCACGAAGCAGGCAAGCCAAUCGACAAGGCAGAGAGCAUGUUCCCCCAGGAAAGGGACCCUCGCUUUGCUGAUAUGUACACCGGGAUUGCAGCUACAGCUGACAAAAAAAUGAUGGCUUCGUCUUCAGCCGGAGGGACCCAGCAGCUUUAUUCUCAAGGCAGCCCGUUCCAGCCAGGUCACUCAGGGAAGAGUUUCAGUUCCUCUGUAAUACAUGUACCAGGAGUCAAUGAUAUUCAGUCAGCAUCUUCAACUGGACAGAACUUGGCACAGAUUUCUCGACAGCUGAACCCAGCUCAGGUUCCCUGGACUGGGAAUCGGCCUCCUUUUUCUGGACAGCAAAUCCCAUCACAGUCUGGGAAGGGUCAGUCAUCUCCGUUUGGUAUUGGAUCGAGUCACAGCUAUCCAGCAGACCCCUCCUCUUACAGCCCCCUGUCCAGCCCCACCAACUCCUCCCCAAGCGGGAAUGCCUACUCGGGCCUAGCCAAUCGCAGCGCUGCUUUCGCUGAAGGUGGACAGAGUGGAGGGCAGUUUCAAGGCAGACCGUCUGAGGUGUGGUCUCAGUGGCAGAGCCAGCACCACAACCAGCAGGGCAGUGAGCAGCACGCGCACCAGCAGCCGAGCCAGACCGAGGUCUUCCAGGAUAUGUUGCCUAUGCCUGGGGAUCCCACACAGGGUACAGGCAAUUACAACAUUGAAGAUUUUGCUGACCUGGGCAUGUUUCCUCCUUUUUCCGAGUAAAUGCAGAGGAGGAAGUCUAACUCUAACCUCUCCCAACUUGAUUUGAUUCAUUCUGAGCUUUAAGUAUCUUCAAAGCCUACAGCACACUGAGACUGUCUAAAUGCAUUCAUUGUACUGCAUAACAGGUGUGGGACUUUGCACCAAUAACAGUGGAGGAGUUUGCUGUUGUAUCAUUUAAUUCAUGCUUAUUUUGAGAACAUCUAGAUAUACAGUUUUCAUAUCACUCCUUAAGGAGGAUGAAAAUCAGAAUAUUACAAGAGAGAGAGAGAGAGAAAAUAUAAGUACAUUUCUUUAAUAACUAGAGUUAAUUACCCAGGAUCAAGACCCCAACUGAGAUAAUCUUAAUUACAGGAGGAAGGGGUACUGAUAGCGUGGUCUCAUUUUGUUUCAGUGAAACUGAGUCACUGAGAGUUCAUUUUACUUGUACUCUGAGCAAAUAAGCCAGUCUGUCUUACUUUAGUUGCUGUGGUUCGUUUAGAAAAUGCAGAUGUGCAUUGCUGCAAACCACUGUUACAUUAACAUAUCAUUGGUGUGAAGGUAUUACCGUAAGGAGUUGCAUAAAAUGACCCAAUGUAGAGAUCCUCAUUCACUUAAUAUUCGUGAAAAUAAUAAUAAUGCAUAGUUUUGCAUACAUAUCAGACUGAUGAGGGAUUGUAUAAUGUUAAUACAAGUGUACAACUUGUAGAAAUCAAAAUAUUUUGAACAUUUACUCCCAUGUAAUUUAGGCUGUUGCAAAAUUCUUGCUGCUGUCCUGUUUUUGUUACGCUGAGACUGGCCUGUACAGUAACUUCUAGCUGAAGUGACGUACAUUGAAAGUUUGCAUAACAUGAAACAAUGUGUGAAAGAGAGAUCACUUUGUUUUACACUAAUCAAUAAAUUUAGUAGGAAUUUUCUUUUAUUUUGUAAAUAAUGCAACGUCUUCAUGAAAUGUGGCCUUUAUUAUUAAUACACUGCUAUACAUUUCAUGCAGCUAUAAUAUAUAUAUAUAUAUAGUAGUGUGCUAUGUGAGUAAAUAUUUAACUAUUAAUCUUUAGUUAUUUGAUAUUUCAAGUGAGUCUAGAAAUGUAAAAGUGUAACGUGAUUCAGUAUUUUUGUGUAACUUUAUAAACAAAUGUGCUCAUGUCAGUAAAUACUUAUUGUGUUAAA